CAUUCCUCAGAGAAGGAACAAGUCCACGGAGCCUCCGCUUACAGCAAACAAAUCAAGGUGCUGAUCAGCAAAGUCGCUUCCCUGCACCACCGAAAUGAAUCCUGUUCUGGCUGUGACCUUUUGCCUCUUGGUCGCUUUGGAACCUGUGAACUGCCAAAGAGUUCAGCGAAGCCUUCAGCCAUGGGUGCAGGGCACCAUUGCAGUUACUGUCUUCUUGGUUUUGGCUAUGGUUGCCUUUGUUGUCAAUCGGUUAUGGUGCCAGGAAAACGAUGAUUCCUUUGAGGAGAAAAACAAAGCAUUCUCCCUGAGCAGCACUAAAGAAGAGAUGCCCAUUUCAAAUGGGUCAGAAGGGAGGUAUUCAACAACUGCAGCAGACUUCAGGAGUGAAGAAGGCCCCCAUGUUUAUGAAAACAAAGUCGAGCUUGAGUGCAGAAACACAACUGAGGGUCAUAGUGAAAACAAUAUUCAAGUUCUUACCACUUGCAUGUAGCAUCUUCAUCCCCACCACCCUCACUUCCUAUCCUACCCCUAUUAUAGACUCCAUACAAGAGACCAGUUCUGCACAUCAGUUAUUGUGCAUGCAUUGAAUCACUUUGCUAAAAGGCAUUGGCUGCUGGCUGAGUGAAGCCUAUGUUUCAUUUCUUUUUAUUUUAAAACCUUUCCACACCAGAUUUCAUGUUGCUGUUAUAGUCCUGUGUUCAGUUUUGAGGUCAUCUGUGCACCUCUCUUGGGGGGAAUAAACUGGCACAUCAUGGUGAGUCCAACAUCAGAACCUUUACCAAACCUGAUUGUUAGUGUCAUCCCAUAAUCACCAGGGACAUUCAGGGGCCCUGAAACCAAGUCUCCUGGAUCUUCUGCCCCGCUCCCUUUUGAGCCCCACUCCCUGCAAAAAAACCACCCCACUUAGCUUACAGGGCACCUAGCUGUGCUGCAAAGUCAUUCACCAUCAUAAUCUGUGAAGACCUACAGGGUCCUCAGCCCAGAAGAUCCUGCCUGGAAACCCUUAGAGCAAGGUAAGGGGCUGUGAAAACCAGUCUGAAUUUGCAUUUAACACAUGCAGACUUCAUACAGACAUUUGCCCCAAGUCUUCUAAGUACCCAGCAAUGCCCCUAAGAUUAUUUCUUCUUAGCAAGUAUUGCUGUAUUGCCAUAGACAGCAAACACAGACCUCCUUGAAAGUCCUCUGUAGCCCACUGCUAUGUCCCCCCUGGAAAUUUCUUGGUGAGAAACUACCCUUUCUUCACAAUAAAGCAUCUACAUGGGAACAGUAUAUAGGUAUUAUCAACUCAAGCCUGCAAUGCUCCACCAGAUUGCUUCAUUUGAUUCUUGCUCUGCUAUGGAAUUGCCACAAGGACACACCAGCUACUAGGGCAUGAAUAAAGCCGAUGUGACUCAGAUGCAAGCCUUAGAUGUGAAUCAUCUGCUUUUCUUUCCAUGUAUGUAUCAAAUGAGCUGGAGGAUUUGUUUCCCGCAAGUGAGUGUUGGC